GUCACAUACUUGUUGAGUCCUUACUAGACAUCAGCUAUUAUUAAGGAUCUUCAAUAUCUUUUAACGCAGGGAUGGAAAGUGAUGUUGAAAUCACACUUAUUCCUAGUGUAGCCACAACAGAAGUGGAAACCAAAAAUUUUGGAGACGAGGAAAAGAAUGAUGGCAUUUUUGCUUAAAUGGAGGCUUUGUUCCUAUCAUUGGGAUAAUGCUGCCUAUGCCCACUCAUUCACCCAACACUCAGCAGAUGUUUAUUGAGUGUUUCCUACAUGCGACACAUUAUACUAGGCUCUGGGUGAUGGAGUGAAGAUACAGGAAAAAACGAGCUCAGCAGUUACAAUGGUGAAAUGAGUUGCCUUUCAGCUUCUUCUGACCUAGGCCUUCACUAUAAGAAACAUUGCUCAGUCUACCUUCUCAGGCUGACAGGGGCCUACCUCCUCAAUUAUAAGUACAAAAACACUUUGUAAGCUAAACAAACACAGUUUAUAAUGUACUCACAUCAUGUAUUAUCAGCAUAAUACUUUUCUUUUAUCCCUUUGGUAACAUGAAAAAUUGAGAAAUCAACUUAAAAUUAGUCAAUUUUUCUAAAAUUGCUGAGUCUGCAAGUGACUGAGAGGUUUCUGUUCCCCAAGCCUUACUGCCUGGGCCCAAUUUUGAACAAUUUGGCAUUUUGUGACUUGCCUCUAUUUUCCACAAUCAUCUCAGCUUUUAAUUAAACCCAGUGCGACGUCUCCAUGGCAAUGACUCUGGCACACACCGGGAGACCUCAGAAGAACCACCCGCUGCCAAUAAAUAUAAUGAAAGCACCAACACUUCACGGUCACUAUUAGCUGUGAGUUGCGGUCUUUGGUCAGUGGCACAAAAUGGCAGGAGGAGACUAGAUACAUUUGACUUUGGUCGGGGUCUAAGUCCCCAGACCAUCAUCUCAUUUCUACCCCUGAAUACAGAUCAGUAGCCUCUUCCCAUUUUGACAUUCCCUCUUUCAGCACUUCAACUUGGAUUCUUUCUUCUGUAGCUGCUCAGUCUCCGGCUCCUCUAAGGGAGAUGGAAAGGUGAAUACGCAUCUGUCUCGGCUGAGCACCUACAACAUUUAGAAACUGGACAACAGACAGGAAAUGAGAGUAAACAGCUGUCCGCCCAGUGGGAUCUGUGUUUUCACAUCUCAGGUAAGAGACAGAGAAAGGUGAUGGGGCCCAUGGUGAUACAGUAUGAGUAGCAGAAAAGACAGAGGCACAAUUAAGGAUGUGGGCUCUAAAUAACUAGAUUAUUAAGUUUUAAAGUGAAUUACCACAAAAUUAUAUGUAUACACUUUAUACAUAUUCUAAAUUAACUGAUUCAUUGCCCUUCCUAAAUUUACACAGAUGUUGUCUUGAUUCUGGUUUAAUUCAACACAGGACAAUGAUAUUUUCAUGGCAAAAUCUUAAAUAACAAUUUCUUUGAAAAAAGGGCUGUACUAGACAAAGUUACAGUACCUAAUACAGAGCCGAGAACUUAGUGAGUGCUCUACGAAUAAUUAUAGUUCACAGAUAAUAAAGAAACAAGGAAAACUGCCCUCUGGGAACUCAAAAACUGGCAGAAACACUAGCACAAGCACAUAGAGAACAGGUAGACUCAGGAAAAGAGUAAAUGCACAAAAAAAUUUACAAAAAGUAAAUGCUAUACACAAAGUGAAAGUAUCUGCACGGUGAUCAUCUUCCUGAUAAACAUCUUUCUUUGAAAGACAAAGUCCUAUGUUCUGUUGUUAAUAAUUCCACUCAGUUGCUUUUUAUCUUGGGGUCAUGAUAGCACUUUGUGAAGUUCAGUUUCUUCAUCUGUCAAAUAAGAUUACUAGGCUAGAUCUUUAAGGUCCCCCAAAGCUGUAACAUUUAUGACUCAGGCUUUCUAGAAAUACCCCUGAGUAAGAGACAAGGACUAAUGCAACAUGCCUUUCCCGAUCCUGAGAAAGAAAACCUUCUUUAUCCUGUUACAUCCUUCCUGAAACCAAUAAACAUUCAAAAAGCAUCAUGAACUCUUCUCCAUAGUGCCAGCCCUCCCUGCCCCUUUCCAAUUCCAACUUCUAAUUACAGAACUAAUAAUUGUAUAACACUAACCCAUUGCAAAAACACUGUCUCAUCCAUUUUGGAAAAAACUUAAGAGUUAGUUUCGCUGAUAUCAGAAUAAAGCCCAUUAUAAAGAUGAGGAAAUCAAUUCGGACAGUUAUGUGUGAAAGUCCGACAGCUAAUAAAUGGUGGAGUUGAGACUUGAACCCAUAACAAAAUUUUAAUAGAAGUCUUAUUCACUAAAUACCUUCAUAUUGAAGGAGGGUGGCAGAAUUAUGCUUUUUCUUUCUCACCUGCAGAUGUCAAAAUUGACGCUGAUAGACUGGGAAAAUACUCCCCAAAGAACUUAAUUGAGUUUUUUGAGUUUGUGGCCUCAACAUGAAGCUUAUGGACAGAUGUCAAUGGUUUUCCAAUUGACCUUCUAUAGCUGCCUGGUUAAACGUUUAAAACACUUCCAAGACUUUGAAUCAUCAAAUUGAAAGUCAUAUGUCAGCUUCCUUGAUCUUUUGGACAUAAAUAGAAAGAAGAUUUCCACAUGCAAGUUUUCAACAGAACCACUGUGGUCACACAGUUCAUCCUGGUGGGCUUUUCCAGCCUGGGGGAGCUCCAGCUGCUGCUUUUUGUCAUCUUCCUUCUGCUGUACUUGACAAUCCUGGUGGCUAAUGCAACCAUUAUGGCUGUCAUCCGCUUCAGUUGGACGCUACACACGCCCAUGUAUGGCUUUCUAUUCAUCCUUUCCUUUUCUGAAUCCUGCUACACAUUUGUCAUCAUCCCUCAGCUGCUGGUCCACUUGCUCUCAGCCACCAAGACUAUCUCCUUCGUGGCCUGUGCUACCCAGCUCUUCUUUUUCCUUGGUUUUGCCUGUACCAACUGCUUUCUCAUUGCAGUCAUGGGGUAUGAUCGCUAUGUGGCAAUUUGCUAUCCCCUGAGGUACACACUCCCCAUGAGCAAAAGGCUAGGGUUGGGGUUGGUUUCCCUGUCAGGAGUCACAGGGCUCUUAAUUGCUUUGGUGGCCACCAACCUCAUCUGUGACAUGCCUUUUUGUGGCCCAAACAGGGUCAACCAGUAUUUCUGUGACAUGGCACCUGUUAUCAAGUUGGCCUGCAAAGACACCCACAUGAAAGAACUGGCACUAUUCACCCUCAGCAUCCUGGUUAUCAUGGUGCCCUUUUUGCUAAUUCUCAUAUCUUAUGGCUUCAUUGUUAACACCAUCCUGAAGAUCCCCUCAGCUGAGGGCAAGAGGAAAGCCUUUGCCACCUGUGCCUCCCACCUCACUGUGGUCUUUGUCCACUAUGGCUGUGCCUCCAUCCUCUACCUUCGACCCAAGUCCAAGUCUGCCUCAGACAAGGAUCAGUUGGUGGCAGUGACCUACACUGUGGUUACUCCCCUACUUAAUCCUCUUGUCUGCAGUCUGAGGAACCAGGAGGUGAAGACCGCACUAAAAAGAUUUCUGGGCAUGCCUGUGGCAACCAAGGUGAUCUAAAGAAAAAUUUAAAAUUUAACCAGAAAGUCAAGGGAGAAGUCAAAGGCAUGACAUUUUCUCUGUCCCUUUAUCAGUCUAUGUAUGACUUGGGCAAUGUGUCCAAGGAUUGAGAUCACUGUUGUUUCUUCUUUCCUCUCAUUCUAGAAAAAGUUUGGGCCACUCUACAGGCUACAUUGUCCAAUGUCUGGUCAAAAAAGGACUCACACUUGACAAAGAGAGGAAAGCAUGCUGGUUUCUCAAGGGAAAACACAAUCACCAAGCUGAAAGGAGGACAAGGAUUACUUUUCUGUUUGGAUUGAGAAAACAGGGUCUGUAGUUACUGGAAGAACCUUAUUCAGAAUACAAGCAUUCAUAAUAAAUGCACUAUGUGUCAAGCUCUAUCCUAAGUGAAAAAAUUAAGAUGAAUAAUUGAUAGUUUAUGGAGGUAGAGGAGUAGGAAGGUAGAAAGACAAGCAAUGAAAAGAAAAGGUAAUGCAAGAUAAUCAGACCUGUUAAAAUCAUAUAAACAAAAGUUUAUCAGAAACAAAAGAAGAAAUAUUUAAUUCCUUCUGAAAGAAAACAGCUUUGUAGUAAGUGGGACAAGGGGAGUGAAAAUUUGAGCUAGGGCUUAAAAGGAGAACAAGAUUUCAAUAACAGGAAACUAGAUUUUCCCGUGACAAAAACAUUAGUCAAUAUUACUAGAAUUGUUGAUUUUUUAAACCUUAAUAGUAGAUUUUUUUAUUAUGUUAAUUUUAACUUUAAUCUAGUUUCUUCUUUUGCAUUGUCUUUGUAUGAUUUAAGUCUUCCAGAGGAUGUAGUUCUAUUUUAAUAAUGGACUAAAAUAACCACCAAUGGCAUUUUCACACUUUCUGCUCAGGUGGAAUGUAAUGCUCUGAAGAGGCAAGAAUGUCCCAAGGCUUUCGGCUGACCACCCCUCCAAUGGCCAUAAUAUAAAACUUAUUUGAAUCUAACCUUUUCAUUGUAAUAAUUGAGACUAUAAACGCUAAACAUAAUUGAUUUCAAAUCCCAACUCUGUAGUUUUCAAGCUAUGUACUUUGAGACAAGUUAUUUAAAACUGUUGAAACUGGUGAGCCUUGAGCUUUUCAUCUGGACAACUAAGACUCUUUUUUAGUUAAUAUGUGAAUUAUCGAGCUAGCACAGUGCUUGUUUUCUGGUUGAGAAAGUCAAUAACUCUUCAUUAUACCCUUUUGCUGUCCACUUCCACAACCCCAACCAGAAUAAAAAUCUCCAGACUUAUUAAAAUUAUACUGCAUCACAAAAAUGAAAGACUAUUUGUCAUUAAUUCAGUGACCAUAGAAAUUACGUAUAAAUGAGGAAAAUGUUCCAUAUAAUAGAUUAACCAGCAUGCUGUCUUCCCUCUGUAAAGCCCCCUGGCUGAUUCCAUUGCACAAAAACACUCAUGCCAAAUAGAUUACUUUCUAGUUUGCCUGCAUAUUUCAGCCUCUACAAGUUAAGUCAGAUGAGUUUGUUCCCCAAAGCAUUCACAGUGGUUGUACUUAUUGUUCUAUUAGUUCUAUUGGUGAAAUAUAAUUUUAUGUUAUGUAACCUAGUGAAGUACGAUUACAUAAAAGAUUAUUUAUUUCUAAAAGAGCCAAAUUGAGUGCUUUGGAAAAAUUGAGUAUGAGCAAAAGAAUCACAGAAGAAAACCAAAUCAUAAAAACCUAGAUGUGUUAUGUGCUUGGAUUAUUUGCCAGUGUCUCUAAAUUCCUGAUCAUCUUUAAAUCCAUUAGGAUUCAAUGAAUGCAUUAUGAUUGGGCUUACGGUGUAUGUACUCUGAAGAGCUCCAAUCAGUAGUCUAAUACUCAAAGUAGAAGCCUUAUUCCUCAAUCAAAAAAUUUAUAAAUAUAUGUAUAUUUAAAUGUUUUGAGUUGAAAUAAAACAUUUAAGUUAUA